GCUGCCCAACCUUCCAGAGCUGCAAGCUGCUGCUGAAAAAUUUUAUCCCUAAGACUGUGGUCCAUUCACAGCUUGGAGCUAGACUUCAAAGUUGGAGAGAGAUCAACAAGUCCUCAGAGAGACUGAGAACAGAACAUGCACCUAGAGAACAAAGACGGCGGGCUGGCCUCUGCUAUGCUGCAGGUGGAGCUACAUCAGACAUCUUUGUCACCUGUACCUGCUGGCACAGGCCCUGGAGGGCUGCAGUCAGACAGACCUACCACCAGAAACUGCAGUCACUGCCAGACAGAGUUCUCCAGCCACUACCCCAGCCAGGCUGCUGGGCAGAGCCUCUGUGUUCUUCCUGAGUACAAAGAUUUUGGGUCAUUUCCCACAGAGGGAAGGUCUCAUUCUCCUUUGCCACAGCUCAGCUCCAGUUCAAAAGACCUUUGCUUUACAGAAAACACUCCUUUGCUAUGGAAUUCUUCACAUAACAAAGGGUCACAGUACAUGCCUGCUUACCAUUCAGAGUUUAUGACUGCUGAAGAACCUUGGGAAGAUGAUCUGACUGAGUGGGAGCAAAGAUACACAUUGGGCAGAAAGGUAGCUGGUUUGUCUACAUUGGCUUCCUCAGAGAAAGGGGACCUUCUGGAUGGUGUCCACCUCAGAGUCCAGGCGUCCAAGCUGAGGUGCUGUGUGCAGAAGCUGAAGGUCACGGGCUUGUUUGUCUUUGUGGUGGUGUGCUCUAUUUUAUUCAGCCUGUAUCCAGAUCAAGGAAAGUUCUGGCAGUUGUUGGCCGUGUCACCGCUGGAAAGCUACUCUGUGAACCUCAGCAGCCACGUGGACUCCAGCCUGCUCCAGGUGGACCUGGCCGGGGCUCUAAUGACAGGUGGGCCAAGUCGUACAGGGAGAGAAGAGUAUGUCAUGGUGGUGGUUACCCAGACAGACCCAGUGGGCUCCAGACGACGGCGACCACAGCAGGUCACUCACAAUUGGACUGUACUUUUAAAUCCAAGAAGGGAGCACGUGGUGAUGAGCAGGACCUUUGAGAUACAGAGCAGGGAAGCUGUUUCCAUCAGUAUCCAGGCCUCCCUCCAACAGUCUCAAGUUGUUCCUCUUUUGCUGGCCCAUCAGUUCCUGGGCACAGGUGUAGAAGCACAAGUGACUGUUGCCGCGGUGAUCCUUGCUGGGGUCUACACUCUGGUAAUAUUUGAGAUUGUUCACAGAACCCUGGCAGCCAUGCUUGGAGCUCUGGCAGCAUUAGCAGUUUUGGCCGUGGUUGGUGAUAGACCCAGCCUGCCCCGUGUGGUGGAGUGGAUUGAUUUUGAGACUCUGGCCCUGCUGUUUGGCAUGAUGAUCUUAGUAGCCAUAUUUUCAGAAACUGGAUUUUUUGAUUAUUGUGCUGUUAAGGCAUACCAACUCUCACGAGGGAGAGUGUGGGCCAUGAUCAUGAUGCUGUGUCUCAUUGCUGCCAUCCUUUCUGCCUUCCUAGACAAUGUUACCACAAUGCUCCUCUUCACGCCUGUGACCAUAAGGCUAUGUGAGGUGCUCAAUCUUGAUCCAAGACAAGUCUUGAUUGCAGAAGUGAUCUUCACAAACAUCGGAGGAGCUGCCACUGCCAUUGGGGAUCCACCAAAUGUCAUUAUUGUUUCCAACCAAGAAUUGAGAAAAAUGGGGCUGGACUUUGUUGGAUUCACAGCACACAUGUUCAUUGGGAUUUGUCUCAUCCUUCUGGUUUCCUUUCCGCUCCUCAGACUCCUAUACUGGAACAAAAAGCUUUAUAACAAGGAGCCCAGUGAGAUUGUUGAACUGAAGCAUGAGAUUCACGUCUGGCGUUUGACUGCUCAGCGCAUCAGCCCAGCUAGCCGCGAGGAGACAGCUGUUCGUGGUCUGCUGCUGGGGAAGGUGCUGGCACUGGAGCACCUACUGGCCCGAAGGCUGCAAACGUUCCACAGACAAAUCUCACAGGAAGAUACAAAUUGGGAGACCAACAUCCAGGAGCUCCAAAAAAAGCACAGGAUAUCGGACAGGAGCCUGCUUGUUAAGUGCCUGGCCGUACUGGGAUUUGUCAUUUUCACAUUUUUUCUCAAUUCCUCUGUCCCUGGCAUUCAUCUUGAUCUUGGGUGGAUUGCUAUUCUGGGUGCUAUCUGGCUGCUAAUUUUAGCUGAUAUCCAUGACUUUGAGAUUAUUCUGCACAGAGUAGAAUGGGCCACUCUUCUUUUCUUUGCGGCACUCUUCAUUCUGAUGGAGGCUUUGGCACAUCUCCACUUAAUAGAAUACAUUGGAGAGCAGACUGCUUUGUUAAUAAAGAUGGUCCCAGAGGACCAGCGCCUCGCAGCUGCCAUCGUGUUGAUCAUGUGGGUCUCAGCUCUAGCCUCAUCCUUGAUCGACAACAUCCCAUUCACUGCCACAAUGAUACCUGUACUCCUGAAUCUGAGUGGAGACCCUGAAGUCAGCCUGCCUGUACCACCACUUAUGUAUGCCCUGGCCCUAGGUGCCUGCUUGGGAGGUAACGGGACACUGAUUGGAGCAUCUGCAAAUGUUGUUUGUGCUGGGAUUGCAGAGCAGCAUGGGUAUGGAUUCUCUUUCAUGGAAUUUUUCAGGCUGGGCUUCCCCAUGAUGGUCGUAUCCUGCACUGUUGGUAUGUGCUAUCUCCUUGUUGCUCAUGUUGUGGUGGGAUGGAAUUAAUAGAUACCCAGCAUUUGAAGACUAAGGGAACUUGAUUCACCAUGAGUAUCAGUCCAAGAGCUACUCCAAAAUUCCUCUGGAGAAGAAAAGGUACUCACUGAGGAGUGCCCUGGAUCAGCACAUUGAUGGUCACAGUGCUAUUCACAUGAAUAUUGAGAAGUUGCAGAAUCCUGUGUCCUUUAUCCCUGGGGACAACCAUGAGAAAUACAAGUUAACUUACCAAGAUAUUCCUAUUGCAGAAUAUUUGUAUUCCAAAAGUAUUUCCUGUAUGUCUAUGUAGGAAAAGACUCAAACCCACCCAAAAUAGCUUUUGCUCUUUUAUUGUCACUCCUCCUGAGAUUACAGUUUUUUUCCAUGUAAUCAUUUUUCAUGUUAAAAUAAUCAGCAUUCAGAUGACACAACCUUUGAAAAUACACUCUUUCUGGGAAGAGGUAUAUCGCUGCUAA